AUGGGAACGGAUUUGACUUGUCCUUUUGGCGUCUCCCCAGCCUGCGGAGCCCAGGCCUCUUGGAGCAUCUUGGGGGCUGACGCAGCGGAGGUUCCGGGCACACGUGGCCACUCCCAGCAGGAGGCCGCCAUGCCCCACAUUCCCGAGGACGAGGAGCCCCCCGGAGAGCCACAGGCAGCCCAGAGCCCUGCCGGCCAAGGCCCUCCCACCGCAGGAAUCUCCUGCAGUCCACCCACGAUAGUCCUGACGGGGGAUGCCACUUCACCAGAAGGAGACGCUGACAAAAACCUGGCCAACAGAGUUCACAGUCCCCACAAGAGGCUUUCUCACCGACACUUGAAGGUUUCCACUGCUUCGCUGACGUCUGUGGACCCUACGGGGCACAUCAUUGACUUGGUAAAUGACCAGCUGCCGGACAUCAGCAUCUCAGAGGAGGACAAGAAGAAAAACCUGGCGCUGCUGGAAGAAGCCAAGUCGGUGAGUGAGCGAUUCCUGACCCGCCGCGGAAGAAAGUCCAGGAGCAGCCCCGGAGACUCCCCAUCAGCUGUUUCCCCCAACCUCAGCCCCGGAGCUUCUCCCGCAUCCUCUCGGAGCAACUCUCUUACUGUCCCCACCCCAGCAGGUUUGGGUGUGUGCAGUGGCCCACAGUCCCCUCUGCCCGGAGCUCCAGUGCAGAGGGGGGAUGAGGCCGAAGUCUCUUCACCUCAGCUCGGCGAGCCUAAUGUCCCCAAAGGGCUAGCUGACCGGAAGCAGAAUGACCAGAGGAAAGUGUCUCAGGGAAGGCUGGCUCCUCGUUCUCCUACGGUUGAGAAGUCCAAAGAAAUUUCAAUAGAACAAAAGGAAAACUUUGAUCCUCUCCAGCACCCCGAGACUGCACCCACGGGCCCACCUUCUAGCACAAGCAGCAGUGGGAGAAUGGCCCUGAAUAGCCCCCAGCCCGGCCCCGUGGAGGGCGAGCUAGGGAAGCAGCUCCCGAAGACUGCCAAGGAGGGUAGCCCUCUGCCGAGAAGUCCAGCCCAGGGCCCGGGAGGGGUGGCUCCCCCAGACCCCCAGGGGCGAGGCCCAGCUGGAGAGCCGACGGGGUCCAAGGUUGGCUCCAAAGCCGAGCUGCGGUCCCCUGCGCCCCGCAGCCCCCUACUGUGGGGGGUCUCCUGGGAGAGUGGCCCUGAAGAACCUGGCUCCCGGCUGCAGAAAGUGUUUGCCAAGCUGCCGCUGGCAGAGGAAGAGAAGCGUUUUGCAGGCAAAGCCAGUGGCAAGCUGGCCAAGGCGCCUGGACUCAAAGACUUUCAGAUACAAGUGCAGCCCGUGCGGAUGCAGAAACUGACCAAGCUCCGAGAGGAGCACAUCCUGAUGAGAAAUCAGAACUUAGUGGGGCUCAAGCUUCCAGACCUCAGUGAAGCAGCGGAGCAGGAGAAAGGGCUUCCUUCUGACCUCUCCUCAGCUAUUGAGGAAGACGAAUCAAAGACUGGCUUAGAUGUCAUGCCUAAUAUUUCUGAUGUGCUGCUGCGCAAACUGCGUGUCCACAAGAGUCUCCCUGGAAGCGCCCCUCCACUCACCGAAAAGGAAGUUGAGAACGUGUUUGUACAACUAUCCUUGGCCUUUAGAAAUGACAGCUACACCCUGGAAUCUAGAAUUAACCAGGCUGAAAGGGAACGCAACCUGACAGAGGAGAACACGGAGAAGGAACUGGAAAACUUCAAAGCUUCCAUUACGUCCUCAGCUUCGCUCUGGCACCACUGUGAGCACCGGGAGACCUACCAGAAGCUGCUGGAGGACAUCGCUGUCCUGCACCGCCUGGCUGCCCGCCUAUCCAGCCGUGCUGAGAUGGUGGGCGCCGUCCGCCAGGAAAAGCGUAUGUCAAAAGCCACAGAAGUGAUGAUGCAGUAUGUGGAGAAUCUGAAGAGGACGUAUGAGAAGGACCAUGCAGAGCUCAUGGAGUUUAAAAAACUUGCAAAUCAGAAUUCAAGCCGCAGCUGUGGCCCCUCUGAAGACGGGGUCCCUCGCACGGCACGGUCCAUGUCCCUCACACUGGGAAAGAAUAUGCCCCGCCGGAGGGUCAGUGUUGCUGUGGUUCCCAAGUUUAAUGCCCUGAACCUACCUGGCCAAACUCCCAGCUCAUCACCCAUCCCCUCCUUACCAGCCUUGUCGGAAUCACCCAAUGGGAAAGGCAACCUACCUGUUGCUUCAGCACUGCCUGCACUUUUGGAAAAUGGAAAGACAAAUGGGAACGCGGACUGUGAAGCCCCUGCACCUGCGCCAACCCUGAGCUGUCUGGAGGAGGUUAGUCAGGAGACCAAGGCCAGGAUGGAGGAAGAAGCCUUCAACAAGGGAUACCAGGAAGGUCUAAAGAAGACCAAGGAACUCCAAGACCUGAAGGAGGAGGAGGAGGAACAGAAGAGUGAGAGUCCUGAGGAACCUGAAGAAGUAGAAGAAACUGAGGAAGAGGAAAAAGACCAGAGAAGCAGCAAACUUGAAGAAUUGGUCCAUUUCUUACACGUCCUGUAUCCCAAACUGUGUCAGCACUGGCAAGUGAUCUGGGUGAUGGCUGCAGUGAUGCUGGUCUUGACUGUUGUGCUGGGGCUCUACAAUUCCUAUAACUCUUGUGUGGAGCAGGCUGAUGGGCCCCUUGGAAGAUCCACUUGCUCAGCAGCCCAGAGGGACUCCUGGUGGAGCUCAGGACUCCAGCAUGAGCAGCCUGCGGAGCAGUAGGAAGCCUGAUACCUGGCCAAUGUCCUACUCUGACAUGUUCAGCCUGCCACUCCUUCCCCAGGUGUGGACACGUCGGUGCCUGUCCCAUCAGGAAUGAGGAGUUCUUUUCACUUCUGUGGGAGCUAUUCAUACACAGUGACUUGAUGUUCUUGGAGG